GCGUGCGUCACUCACAGCUGCCGCGGUUUGGUUCCGCGUCCCGGCCCCGCCCUCUCCCGCUCCGGCCGGGAGCUCCCGCCCCUUCCUCAGCGGGGACGACACGUGGCCGGGCCGGAACCUGACCGAGACCCGCCGGGGGACGGAGGCAGUGUGGGUGGGUGGCCAGGAGGCGGCAGCAGAGGCUGGGUGCAGAGCCAGUGUCCCCAUCGGUAGGUUACAUUUUAAUCAAACAAAAAUGGUUUUGAAGAAGAAGAAAGAAAUUCAAGUUGAUGCAUUCGUUCUUGAAUGCCAAGAGCUUGAAACACUUCGGUCAUUUGCAGAUGCUGAAGACCAAAAUCUGGCUUCUCUGCUGUUGCACUGUGUACAGCUGUCUGAUGGCAUCCAUCAAAUCUACUCUAUGAAACAGAUUGUGACAUUAUUGAAGAAGAUGGAUAGAAACUCUGCAUGUAGCCCCAUGAUUAAAUGCUGUUUGGAUAUUAUUGGAGUGAUGUAUUUUUCACUGGGCGCAAAGAAUCCCUUGAAAAAGGUGUUGGCAAGUUCACUAAAUGGCCUUCCUGAACAACUUACGACUGAAGCAGUGCACAGUUUUGUUCGUUGUCUUAAAGAAGAACUAAAAACUACAGACUUAUGCUUGUACCGAAAAGUAAUGGACAAUCUUGCUUCCUGUAUGGAAAACUUCAGCCUAGGUAAAGCAAGUAUUAACAAUUUAUUCAAAGAAGUUCUUCAGUUUCUGCAGAAGUCUGUGCUUGAAAUACAGGAGGAAAACAGAAAGCUUAGUGGAAAUAGUAUUGCUGAAACUCGACUGAUGCAUGAUUUAUUGAUGGCCAUUAAAGUUUCAAUGAUGCUACUACAGAAAGUACAAGAAAAUUUUCAGGGAAGUCUUUGGAAGAAACCUGGUUCUCUUGUUUGGCAAAGUAUGUGUGGUUUACUGAAGAGCUUCUCAAACUUUUUAAUGAAUGAAGGUCUCUUGCCUACUGUUCAGACUACCUCAGGAUUGGCUGUCAUUCUCUUUACUAAGACUAUGUUUGAGCCUGUUGAAAAGUUACCUUGUUUGGUCAGUGACUUGCUCCUCCGCUCAGUGAAAUGUGCUAGUGUACCAGAGUGGUUUGUGAGCAGCUGUGGGUGCCUCUGUACUGAAGAGCUCUCUGAUUCAGUCCUCCUCUUCCUUUGUCAUGGAGCGCUGGCCAUGUUAGAGUGGAAGAAUGGCAGUAUGGGUGAAAAUGGAGAGAAAUUACUCUUAGAUAUUGUGUUGGUUUUGUUAUCUUUGGCUUCACGAUUAAAGGAAUCCAAUAUGGCAGUAUCCUUAUCUAGAAUCUUAGCUAUUUGGACUAAUUCAGCAUUGGAUGUCCUUGAAUCAAGCUCCCAAAAUCUAAAGAGCAGUCUUAAUGGAAACUCCAACACAACUGGGAAACUGCUGGAAUACGUGUACACGCAUUGGGAACAUCCUUUGGAUGCUGUUAGACACCAGGCCAAGUUGAUAUUCAAGAAUAUCCUGCGGAUACACCAAGCCACUCUUAAAGGAUCUGUUGUAAAAUCAGACCCUUUCUUUUCAAUGUUGACAGAGAGCUUGCUAAGUUUAGAAUGGCACGUUAAAGGAAAAUAUGCUUCACUUGGCUGUCUGGUGGAGUGUGUGGGUGUUGAAAAUAUUUUAACAGUGGAUAGAACAAUCCCAGCGCAAAUCUUGGAUGUAAUGGGUGAUCAGUCUCUUGCACCUUAUGCAAGUGAUCUUUUGGAAACCAUGUUUAUAAAUCACAAGAGUCAUCUAAUAUCUGCAUUUCAAAAAAACAUCUGGAUUAACCACUGGCAUGACACAUGGGUAUCUCCUCUUCUUUUAAUAUUGUGUGAAGGAAAUCCUGACCAAACUACUUAUGUAAUAGAUUAUUAUUUACCAAAACUGCUGAAAUGUAGCCCUGACAGUCUGAGCUACAUGAUUAAAAUUCUUCAGGCUUCAGCUGAUGCUAAUAUUGGCUCUUGCAAUACAAGAGGUGCUCUUGGAGCCUUGAUGGCAUGCCUGAGAACAGCUAGAGCUCAUGGACAUUUACAGUUUAGAGAGAUCAUGAGGGAUGGUCUACUAUCAAUUGGAUGUGUAAAGCAAGGUUUAGUUCAUCAGCAUAAUCAGGUUCGCAUUGAUGCUUUAGGUUUGCUUUGUGAAACUCAUCGGAGCACAGAAAUCUUGACUAUGGAGGAGAUGCAGCUAAUUCAGUUUUUUAUUACAUACAAUUUGAACAGCCAGUCUCCUGCAGUGAGGCAGCAGAUUUGUUCCCUACUAAAAAAGUUGUUCUGCAGAAUACAAGAAAGUUCCCAGGUACUUUAUAAACUGGAGCAAAGUAAAACCAAACAAGAGUUAAUUAAAGAAUCAGCUAAAUGGGAUCAUUUUGCAACUUUACAGCAGUAUAAAGAUUUCAUGUCAUCUAUAUGUGACAAACUUUUUGAAGCCCUGUUUCCUGGUUCAUCCCAUCCAACCAGGUUUUCUUCAUUAACUAUUCUGGGAUCAAUGGCAGAAAUAUUUUCUGCUCCAGAAGGUCAGACGCAAGCAGUCUUUCAGUUGGCUCAAGAGAUUGAUCCUACCCGUGUUCAAACGUUAAUCCAGUGUUUUGCCAGCACUUUUGAGGAAGUAAAAGUUUUAGCAUUUGAACUUCUUAUGAAACUACAUGAUAGGUUAGAUUUACAGGAUUCUGAAAAUCUACAUCUCUUAUUUCAGGCAGCCAUGGAUCUUAGCAUAAGUACCAAACCCUAUGACUGUGUUACUGCCUCAUAUUUGCUGAACUUUUUAAUACAUCAUAAAGGGCUACUGAAUGGCUGCUUAAAACAUCAACAGGUUGCACAUACAUUUCAGAUAGAUGAGGAUAUGUCUGCAAGCACCAUGGAAAAGAACACUUUAGCUGUAAUCAAAUAUUUGUUAUCAAACCUCGAGCGAGAAAUAUUCCAAGCUGAAAAGUCUCUGCUGCAAGCAGCAGCUUCGUUCCCAAUGUACGGGAGAGUACACUGUAUAACUGGCGCUUUGCAGCAGUUAUCUUUAAAUAACUUGACCUUGAUGACAGAAUGGAGGCAGAUGGUUACAAAGCUUAUUUUAAUGUCAUACAGACUUUCGUCUGUAGUAUCUCCCAUUGUCCAGAGUUCAUCGCCAGAGGGCCUUAUUCCAAUGGAUAAUGAUUCAGAAACUGCAGGUCAUUUGCAGAUGAUCCUGCAUGAGAUACAGCCACGAGAUACAAAUGAUUAUUUCACUCAAGCAAAAAUAUUGAAAGAACACCACAGAGUAGACUUUGCAAAACUGACUGACAACGAGCCAGUUGAAAAUGUUUGCACAGAAAUUAGAGGUAAAGAAGGGCAAACAUGUGAUGUAACAGCUCAAAUGGUACUAGUAUGUUGCUGGAGAAGUAUGAAGGAGAUAUCCUUGCUUUUAGGGAUGCUGUGUAAACUUCUGCCUUUACAGACUGCGUCUGGAUCUUCUGAUGGGUUAAUAACAGUAGAACAGGUUAAAGAUAUAGGAGACUACUUUAAACAUCAUCUUUUGCAGUCAAGGCAUAGAGGGGCAUUUGAAUUAGCUUAUACUGGCUUUGUGAUGCUCACUGAAAUACUCUCCAGAUGUACUAACGAGAGUCUACGUACAUUGCCACAGCAAUGGUUGUACAAUGUUUUAGAAGAAAUUAAAUCUUGUGAUCCUUCUUCUAAACUAUGUGCAACUAGACGCAGUGCUGGAAUUCCAUUCUACAUACAGGCUUUGUUGGCUUCAGAACCAAAGAAGAGUAAAACAAACUUACUGAAAAUGACAAUGAAUGAGUUAAUAUCUUUGGCUGUACCUGUGAAUGAGUCACCCAACAUAAUCCCUCAGGUUCAUGCUUUAAAUAUCCUGAGGGCCUUGUUUAGGGAUACCCGCUUUGGUGAAAACAUCAUACCUUACAUAGCAGAUGGAAUACAAGCAGCAAUUCUAGGUUUUACAUCCCCUGUCUGGGCAGUGAGAAAUUCCUCCACUCUUCUGUUUAGUACCCUGAUUACAAGAAUUUUUGGAGUUAAAAGAGGGAAGGAUGAAAAUUCCAAAAAAAAUAGAAUGACAGGGAGGGAGUUUUUCUCUCGGUUUCCAACCCUUUAUCCUUUCCUCCUCCAGCAACUGGAAGUUGUAGCCAGGCCUAUGGACAGUGAAACUGGUGAGUUGAAGCUCCAUCCAAGUUUGUUUCUUUUGCUUUUGAUCCUGGGCAAGCUGUAUCCUUCUCCAAUGGAUGGCACUUAUUCAGCUCUCAGCAUGGCACCGUUUGUUCCUUUUAUUAUGAGAUGUGGCCACUCUCCUGUGUAUCGUUCACGUGAGAUGGCAGGUCGAGCCCUUGUUCCAUUUGUUAUGAUAAACCAGAUACCACAUACAGUACAGUCUCUGCUUGCUGGGCUUCCAGAGUGCACCAAUCCAUGUAUACGACAGAAUUCUGUUCAUGGAAUGCUUCUGCAAGUUUUUCACUUGCUGAGGUCCUACUUGGAAUCUAAACACCGGGUUAAUUCAAACCUUCAGCAGGGGCUUGUUGACAUCAUCACUUGUAUAAAAGCCAAAGUGUGGUUGGCCAAGAGGCUGAAUCCUUGUUUGGUGACCAGAGCUGCAUAUCUUGAUGUCCUUGUUGUGCUGAGUGAUUAUCUUGGGAAAUCUAGAAGAAAAGGAAUAGAGUUAUUUGGCUUUUGGGAGGAAAUAAGUAAGGUUAUCUCAGCUUCUGAGCUGAUGACAGGUAUCCACUACUUCUCUGCGAUACCAGGAUUCACACAGUAUCUUCAGAGUAUCACCAAACUUGUAAUCUCUGUGCUCUCAGUGGCUGCAGAUCCUGACUUCUCAAACAGUAGUUCACCUGUUGCAGAGCAAAUGAUGAAUCCUUCUUCAAUGGUAGUUCACUUGCUUCAAUCUGACUUUCACGAAGUGCGUCUGCCAAUGUUGGAAGCAGUGCUGCUAUGGUGGAAGCAGGUAAAUUCUAAGCAGGCUACAGAGGAAAAGAUAGGUCCAUUGUCCUUACUUUCUGAUUUGGAGGUGACUCUUCUUAGGAUGGCUAUGAAGGAAAAGCAUCCAGAAUGUUUUUGUAAGGUCCUAGAAAUUCUUCAUUGUAUGGAUCUCAGAAACGUGCUUCCAAGGACAGAAGAUUCUAUAAAAAUGAAUCCAAAAGAGUUCGUAAACUGGGCUAUGAAUAUCAUAAGUGCCUCUGACAGCAUUAAAAUUCAAAGUGUAGCUCUCAAAUUAGCCUCAAAGUUGGUCACCCAUCUUGUACAGAAUUGCCAAGAGGUUAUGGAAUCUGAAAUGAGACAGUGGAUUCAGUUAGUAACUUCUUGUUGUGGAGAUGAGGAACAAACAGAUAUACGAUUGGCAGCUGCAGAAGUCCUCGUAAAUAUUACACCACUUUUCCUGACCAAUCAGAAACUUAUCCUUGGUCUCUCCAGUACACUUGCCAUGUGGAAAUGCGUAGUUCUGCUGUUGCAGAGUGAAGAGCUGAUAGUAAGGGAUACAGCUGCGGAUGUCAUAAGGGUGGCCCAGUCUCAAAGCAAUAUCUGUAACAAAACAGAGUUUGCCUUUCGUGUAGUAAAUGCAUCCAUGGCCUUGGAUUUAGCAUUUGGCAUACUGUGUGAGCUGCUUCAGCAGUGGAAUCAAACCAGUGCUGGUGUCCCAGUGUUACUGGAGUGGCUGCUGGGAGAGGAUGAGCAAAAAAAAGAUUUGGAGACUACAACACUGAUGGAAGAUGACAACCUGUUUAAUAAAGAGGAAGUGAAUUUUUGGGCAGAGACGCUGACUAACGUCAGACAGCUUAGUAAACAUCUGUUCUUGCUCAUACCAGCCACUCGCUUAAAUUCGCCAGAUCAAGGAGAAUUCCUUCGAUUGGCAAGAAGAGCAUCUGAUCAAGCGAAGCUUGUUACACAGCUUCUUAAAGAGCUACCUCCAACUCCAGAAUUUUCCAAAACUGUGGAAUUCACAAGAUUAGCCAUUCAGAACGAAAGAAUAUCAACUUGCCUUAAGAUAUUAACCUUGCUUGAACUUGAUGAUGCUUGCAAGAACAAAGAAAAUCCUGAAAAAUGAAACACCGGCAGCUUGUCCUGUGCUGGUUGUAUACAUUUUACUACAUUGUGAACAAAGAGUUGAAUUCUCUCUAGGUUUGGGCGGGAUAUAUUUGUUUAAUGACUGUAGUAAACGUUUUUAAUAGUACAUGCUAAAAACACAUUUUUCAUGAAUCCAUUGAAUCUUUGUCAGACUUGCUGUAGGAGAAUAUUUUUUUAAUGCAUUUACUAAUUUCAUUCAGACCAGCAUAGUUUAUUGGAGCUACUGUAGGACGCAAAGCAGCUAACCUUAAUAUUUUCCAUUCAUCCAGGUGCAGGCCACCUGCAAAUCUGGUGUGUUUUAUCCCACAAGUUAUUCCUCCUCUACUCCAAUGCCAUAAUUCUUGACUUUGUUUUUCCUUUUGUCAGCAUAUAGCAAUUCUUAACAUACUCAGAGUAUUAACCAGAUACUAUUUUAUUUUGAUCUUUUUAAAAACUGUUCUUAAAAAAAAAUAUUGACUUCCUUUGCUUGCCCAUUCCUGAAUCAGAGUUUUUAACUUCAUUUAACUUCAUUCCAUUUUUAACCAGGGGGGAAGUAAAGGAGCCUGAUUUUUAAAGGUGACCUCUUGUUUUGCAUGUGCAAAUAGAUGUGUAAGUGCUGCCUAAUUGCUCCUGCAAAGAAAAUAGGUAUCAGAGUGCUAAUAUUUUUGCCUUCAAACCAGAGGCUGGGUUUGAAGCCCUUUCCAGAAUGAAGACCACUGUGUUCAAAAUAAAAGUAUAAGGUCAUACUUCCUCACUUAGAGUAUGCUUUACUCUGUAAGUAAGGUGUGAGUAAAGAUAGCAGAAUCAGGCCUUUACAAAAUAGAGCAAAUCUGAUAGCAACCUUCUGAUGGUGAUCAGAAUAAUUUUAUUUUGACAUUACUGUCUGUUUUAGGAGAUUUGGAAUAUAGCAAUGUGUUGUCUCAAAUCAUCAAAACAGAUCUGGAGUUCUCUUAUUUAUGUGUGCUUUGUAGAUUUCUCUUUCUGAAUUCUUGAAUUUGGUUCCCAGAUAAUAACAAGUUCAAAUAAAUAAUUAAAAAGA